AUCAGUUUCUAUUGUAUAGCGGAACUGUUUACGUCUCACAGCAGUGCGGGAGGACAUAUUUCUGUGCAGCACCUUCUGCUAUGAUUAUUGUUGUCGCUUGUCAGUAUUUGAGAUAAUGAAAGAGGAAGAAGAUGGAUCCGUGUCGAUCUGGUUAUAUGACAUAACAUCUUUGAGAAUAAGCACAUGUGAUCAUUCCGAUAGGCCGUGUUUGUGAAUCUGUGCAAUGAAUGAAUGUCUGCGGUUGAUUAAACUUCUCUCUGCAUGAGAUAUAUAAAGUUUUCUGUAUGUGACAGUUUGUUUUUACCCUGUCAAAGGUCGCAAUGGAUCGAGCUGAGAGUGUAAACUCCGACCCUGUCAUUGCUGACAGUGAAGGUCGUUGUCGAAAGUGGAGGAAUUGUAUUGGGUUUUGGUUGCUGGGGCUUUGUAAUAACUUUGCAUAUGUGGUGAUGCUGAGUGCUGCUCUUGACAUCCUAAAGAAACAGGAAUCUCAAAACACAACAGUCCCUACUCUGGCUCCAGAUUUAAAUAAUGUAGACAUCAGGAACAGCAGCCGCUAUGACUGCAAUCCUGUGUCCACUGCGGCUGUGCUGCUGGCAGAUAUCCUACCCACCCUUGUAAUCAAAUUCACAGCUCCUUUCUAUAUACACAAAGUGCCUUAUGGUUUCCGUGUUUUGGUGUGUUUCUCUAUGGCAGUAGUCAGCUUCCUGAUGGUGUCGUUCUCUUCAACUAUAUUGAUGAGCAUCUUUGGUGUUGUCUUUGCCAGUGUUAGUUCGGGAUUGGGGGAGCUUUCCUUUCUCUCCCUCUCUGUGUUUUUCAGCAGGGAUGUAUUAAGUGGCUGGGGUUCUGGAACAGGGGCAGCAGGAGUAGCUGGAGCUAUUCUUUACUCUGCAUUUACACAAGCCGGUCUGACGCCCCAAGUUACGUUGUGGAUCAUGCUGGUUGUCCCUGUUAUUUUGGCUGUUAGCUAUUUCUUCGUCUUAGUGUUCCCAACGUCAUUUCCACAAUGGAGACGCAGCGAGGAUGAUCAUAGUCCUUCCACAGUGGAGAACUCUCAGGAGAGACGUCCUAUAAUCGUGGAGGAGGCUGGUCCAGAUGAUGACUAUGAGAAAACCCAGGAAGAACAAGAUAACUGUACUGGCCAUGCUCUCUUCCUUCUGACAGAGGACAGUCUCUUCAUACCCCUGACCCUCUCUGACAAAAUAUAUAUAAUUAAAGGUCUGCUGAGGUUUGUUUUACCUCUGGGUGUGGUUUACUUCGCAGAGUAUUUCAUUAACCAAGGACUGUUGGAGCUUCUAUACUUCCCUGACUCCUGUUUCUCACAUGCAGAACAAUAUCGCUGGUACCAGACACUUUACCAGAUUGGUGUUUUUAUUUCCCGCACUUCUCUCUUCUGUUUUAAGAUCAGGAAAAUCCUACUGCUCUCACUCUUACAGUGUGUGAAUGCUGUACUGCUGGGUGUUGCAGUAUAUUACCAGUUCUUGCCAAACCCAUGGGUGGUCUUUAUUAUUGUCCUCUAUGAGGGUCUGUUAGGAGGAGCAGCCUAUGUGAAUACCUUCUACUUCAUCAGCAAGGAGACUGCUGACCAUGAGAGAGAGUUCGCCAUGGCUGCAGCAAGUGUAGGGGACAGUCUGGGAAUUGCUCUUUCUGCAGCUGCCACCUUCCCUGUUCAUCAUUAUUUCUGCUCGUUAUGAGAGGAGAAAGAGUGUGUGAAAGAGAGAGACAGUGAGAGAGAUGUUUACAUUGUCAUGAAUUCACACAUUAUGAACACAAGAUGAUCCAAGAAGUUGCUUUUAAUCUA